AUGGCUUCUGAUAUUCCCAAGGUGGUCCCUCUGACCUGUCACGGCCAUUCUCGUCCCGUGACCCAUUUGAGUUUCUCGUCGAAUGUCGAGGACGACCAGUACUAUCUCAUUUCUGCGUGCAAAGACAACAACCCUAUGCUCCGAGAUGGCAUUACUGGUGACUGGAUUGGAACAUUCCUCGGCCACAAAGGCGCCGUCUGGCAAUCUCGGCUCUCGGCCGAUGCCGCAAUCGCAGCUACGGCAGCUGCAGACUUCUCAGCAAAGGUCUGGGACACCUACUCUGGCGAGUGUCUUCACACACUGCAGCACGCACACAUCGUGCGAGCUAUCGCCUUCCCAAUGCAAGCCAACCCGCAGAUUCUAGCAACCGGCGGCGCAGAGAAGAAGCUGCGCAUCUUCGACCUGAGCCGCGGUGGCGGUAGCAGCAACGGCUCCUCGCCGCCUCCUCCACCCACGGGCGGGGAGCAAGGCACAGAUGUCACGAGCUACGAGAUUGGGCCGGGCGUCCACGGCGGCACGAUCAAGUCCAUUGUCUGGAACCAAGACUACAACAUCGUGACGACUGCCGCGGAGGACCGUAAGAUUCGGUGGUGGGAUCUGCGUUCGCGGCAUCCGGUCCUGGAGUACGGUGUUGACGGCACGAUAGGCUCGUGCGAGUUGAACAGCCUUGCUGUGCGACCUAAUGACCCCGGUAUUCUGACCGUGGCUGCUGGAAAGACUGUGUACCUCUUCGACGGCACGCAGCCGGGCCGCCUUUUGAAGAAGGUUGAUUUCAACUAUGAGGUUGCUAGCGCUGCUGUGAACAGUGACUCCGGGCGGCUGGUUACCGGCAGUGCGAAUGACACAUGGGCGCGAGUUUAUGACCUUCACACUAAUGAAGAGCUGGAAGUGCAAAAGGGACACCACGGCCCUAUCUGGUCCGUCAGCUUCUCCCCUGACGGCAAACUCUACGCCACUGGUAGCGAAGACGGCACCAUCAAGUUGUGGAAAGCAUGCCGGGAGCCGUAUGGUCUUUGGCGGUAA